CACCUCUGUCCCGUAUAUUUUAACCCUCCUCUUCUCAUCAUUUUCGUCACAAAGGCAGAGAGAAACAAGAAAAAAACAGAGAAGCUUUGUUUGGUCUGUGGUCUGUGAAGAUGGUUCGAGCUCCAUGCUGCGAGAAGAUGGGCCUGAAGAAGGGUCCAUGGGCCCCUGAAGAAGACCAGAUCCUCACCGAUUACAUUCACCUCUACGGCCACGGCAACUGGCGCGCCCUCCCCAAGCUCGCCGGGCUGCUGAGGUGCGGGAAGAGCUGCCGGCUCCGGUGGACCAAUUACUUGAGGCCGGACAUCAAACGUGGCAACUUCUCCCCUCAGGAGGAAGACACCAUCAUUCAAUUGCACAACUUGUUAGGCAACAGGUGGUCGACGAUCGCGGCAAAAUUACCCGGGCGGACGGACAAUGAGAUUAAAAAUGUGUGGCACACCCACUUGAAGAAGCGCGCCAUGAACCAAACUGAAGACCAGACUACUACUACUUCUACCAAGCGACGAUCCGCUUCCCAAAAAUCGAAGACCGCGGCAAGGAUCAAUACCGAUCAAGAACCGAAACCGCCGGCGGAAACAUUGUCAUCUCCGCCUGUUACUUUACUCAGGCAGUGCUCCAGCGACGACGUGUCCACCCUGACGACGGCCACGACGGGGGACGACAACGGCGGGGACAAGGUUGAUGAGGAUUUGUCGUCGUCCACGGAGGAGAUGGACGAGAGUUUCUGGUCGGAGGUCCUGUCGGCCGACAACUCCACCGCGGCCGGCCCGGAUGCGGAACUUGGACCCGGGUUGUACGAUCCGUUUUUAGGUAGUGAGGGUGAUGGGCCGGACGCGGCGGCAGCCCUGGCCCACUCGAAUGUGGACUACAGCAGCAUGGACUUUUGGUACAACCUUUUGACUGCUGACAAUAAGGAGCUAUCCGAGCUCCCGCCCAUUUGAGAAAUGCAUGUUUGUUUGUUUUAAUUCCCCCACUUUUCUUAGACUUUAGGCAGGGAGGGUCUGAUUAGUGUUUAGUGAGUUCUUGGGGCCGAUUCCUAAUUCCAAUCUGAUCUUUGGUUUUCCUUCUUUGUCAAGAAUUUCUUCAGAUUGGACACUUUUGUUUGUGGUUUUGCUGUUCAAUUU